AUGGGAUCCAGAAGAUACGAUUCAAGAACGACAAUUUUCUCUCCAGAGGGACGUCUUUAUCAAGUGGAAUAUGCACUAGAAUCCAUUUCUCAUGCAGGGACAGCCAUUGGUAUUAUGGCUGAUGAUGGACUUGUUCUAGCUGCCGAACGUAAAGUGACGAGUACACUAUUGGAACAAGACACUUCCACUGAAAAAUUAUAUAAAUUAAACGAUAAGAUUACUGUUGCGGUGGCAGGUUUAACAGCAGAUGCUGAAAUUCUAAUAAAUACCGCCAGAGUCUACGCACAAAGUUAUUUGAAGACUUAUAAUGAAGAGAUCCCAGUGGAGAUCCUUGUUAGAAGGUUAAGUGAUAUAAAGCAAGGAUAUACGCAACAUGGUGGGUUAAGACCAUUUGGUGUUUCGUUUAUUUAUGCAGGAUAUGAUGAUAGGUAUGGAUAUCAAUUAUACACUUCGAAUCCAUCGGGAAAUUAUACUGGUUGGAAGGCAAUUAGUGUUGGUGCUAACACUUCCGCAGCACAAACUUUGUUACAAAUGGAUUACAAAGAUAAUAUGAAAUUGGACGAUGCCAUAGAAUUAGCUCUUAAGACUUUGUCAAAGACCACAGAUAGUAGUUCAUUGACAUAUGAUAAAUUGGAAUUAGCAACUAUCAAGAAGGGAACAACUACCGAUGAAGUUUAUCAAAAAAUUUACAAACCAGAAGAACUAAAGGAAUUAUUACUCAAGACAGGAAUUACCAAGAAGAGUGAAGAUGAAGAUGAUGAAGAUGAAGAGAUGAAAUGA